AUGUCCAGCCCUGUCGCCAUGAUCGUGCUUCUGCUUCUGCUGGUGGUGGUGGUGGUGUCUGCCGCCGUGUCGCCAGCUGCUCCGGCGCCGGCGUCGUCGGGCAGCACCGAGGUGGCUGCAGGCGAGCGGAGGCCACCGUCGCUCGUGCCGUUCGGGCCGAGACAGCAUGGCGGCGGACGGCAGCAGCCGUUGUUCCACGGGCGGGCGGCCGGCGGGUGCAUGCCGAGAGGGUUCCGCGUGCCGCCGUCCGCGCCCAGCCGGUACGUCAACUACAACACCCUCGACGCCGGCGUGUGCGCUCACGUCGGCCGUGGCCGGAAGCCAUGA